AACAGUAUGGCAAACAGAGUAUCGCACCGCGGCAACAAAAACGGUGCUCAUUGAGGACGGUUUGGUUUCAUCAUAUAAUUUCGAGAACGGUCACGUGUUCCUGUGGUCGCUCAUGUGACUCCGCGAAACGGACCAAUAGGGUGGCACGGUUUGUCAGAGCGAAAGGAAGAGGAGAAAAAAAAUCAUUUUCCCUUUGCGAUUUUUAAUCUUGCAACACCGAAAGUGGUCGUCAUCUACUGUAUCCUGCGCUACAUAAAGGUGACCGGUUGGCUGACUCCACCAUCACACUCGCGUUGGCCCUUGAACUCCUCUCUCACGCGACCACGCCCCUUCCUUCACAUCCAAUCCCAACAUGGAGCCCAUCAAGGUCCAAUCAGAAGGUGGACUGAAUGUGACCCUCACCAUCCGGCUGCUGAUGCACGGCAAGGAGGUUGGAAGCAUCAUAGGAAAGAAAGGAGAAACGGUGAAGAAAAUGCGUGAAGACAGUGGCGCCCGUAUCAACAUCUCAGAGGGGAACUGCCCUGAGCGGAUAGUCACCAUCACCGGGCCAACAGAUGCUAUUUUCAAGGCCUUCGCCAUGAUCGCCUACAAGUUUGAGGAGGAUAUAAUCAACUCUAUGAGCAACAGUCCAGCCACCAGUAAACCCCCGGUAACCCUGAGGCUCGUCGUCCCGGCCAGCCAGUGUGGCUCUCUUAUUGGCAAAGGAGGCUCCAAAAUCAAAGAAAUGAGAGAGUCAACAGGAGCUCAGGUCCAGGUUGCAGGCGACAUGCUGCCCAACUCCACCGAGAGAGCCGUGACGAUCUCGGGGGCCCCAGAAGCCAUCAUCCAGUGUGUCAAACAGAUCUGUGUAGUGAUGCUGGAGUCCCCACCGAAAGGUGCCACCAUCCCCUACCGCCCCAAGCCUGCCUCCACCCCUGUCAUUUUUUCAGGUGGCCAGGUAAGAGCAGACCCACUGGGGGCGUCCACAGCCAACCUCAGCCUCUUACUGCAGCACCAGCCACUGCCUGCUUAUACCAUUCAAGGACAGUACGCCAUCCCACAUCCUGACCAGUUGAGCAAGCUCCACCAGUUGGCUAUGCAGCAAACCCCCUUUACCCCCCUCGGACAGACCACCCCUGCCUUCCCCGCAGCAGGUCUGGAUGCCAGUAACCAGGCCAGUACUCAUGAACUCACCAUUCCCAAUGAUCUAAUAGGCUGCAUAAUCGGACGCCAGGGAACCAAAAUCAACGAGAUCCGUCAGAUGUCUGGGGCGCAGAUCAAAAUUGCUAACGCCAUGGAAGGGUCAUCGGAGCGCCAGAUCACCAUCACAGGGACCCCCGCCAACAUCAGCCUGGCCCAGUACCUCAUCAAUGCAAGGUUCAGAGACGUGGCGGCCAUGUGGAACGACCCAUCUUCCAUGACCACGUCCUGAGAUCCCUGACUGGCUCCUCCGUUUGGCCCUUUCCAAUGACUGACUACCGCAGACAACCCUGAUGAAGCCCUUCGGACUCUGGCUCUGGCUCUCUUGAAAACCCUGACCGCCUUCCCGCCCUGGUUCAAAAGUUGUUUAUACGUCAGGGAGGGUUGGGCGCUCAUCUUUAUUUCAGAGAGCCAAAAAUAAAUACAAAAAAAAAAAGAAUAACAAAAAAGAAAUUCUCUGUUGAUUAGGUUUUUUUAGAGAACUGUUGAAGCAUGUUGAAUGUUUAUUAGGAACAACUUGUGUUAAUCUUUCUUCUUCUUUUUCUCUCUAUCUAUUUCUUUCUCUUUCUCUCUGUCAGUGCUGCGUCAUAGAAACAUCAUUUAAAAGUAUACACUUGUAAAAGAUUGAGAAUUUUUUGUAGAACGUAGUUAUUUGCAUAUUACAGCUGCGCAGUGAUGCUAUCGGCAGAGUGUGUGGUGGGAUGUAGCCAAAUUAUCAAAUUUUGAUAAUAUAAAAUUGGACUCUUUCUGCUUUUGUCCUAAUUUGCAUCUUUGUCUACUUACAAAUCCAAUCUCUACCCAUGACUCUUUGCUGCAUCACAUGACCCUUUUAAGCCAAUGGUAUCACUCCUAGAGCCUCCCUUCUCAUGUUCAUUUCCUAUAUUUACAUUAUCGCUUAUAUUGCAUGUGUUCAGUGUCGUAUCGUUGUGCAUUUGAGUAAACCUGUUCAGUGUACGUGCUCCCUUAAAUUGUUAUUAUUAUAUCUUUGUGCUCCCGUUCUUUUCCGCAAACUUUUUCAGCAUUUCUGGCCACUCACGUCUAGUCCUACUCCCUGCCCAAAUGAAAAACUCUCCAACAUAGCCUCCUUCUAUCAGCACCGAUUACUAGUAUAUAGAUGCAUGAAUGGGAAUUAGUGAAAAAUCAGUGGCUAAACAACACUAACUGAAAAAUUUAAAUGAUUGUUUACUUAUUAUUAUUAUACUGUAUUUGUUUUGUACAAGGACUAUUGUGGUUUAGCACAGUAGUUCGACUACGCGGCGCUCAUGCAAUAGACUAUUCAACACUUUACUCUGGACUGCCUCUGAUGUGGGAGGAAUUAGUUGGACUUAAAAGCCAAGUGUUGCGUCCAAACCUUUCGGCUUCCUUGUCUUGUCUUGGAAAAAAAACAAGGGAAAGAAGCCGACUCUUCGCGGCAGAGAGGCCUAAACGUUUGGACGAAGCCGAAUGGUAUUUUUUGGGCCAAAGGAAUGUUCAGGGGUUCAUUGGGGGGAACCCACGGGGGCCUGGGCGGACGUGACCACUCAGUCUCUUUUUCAAGAUUGUUCAUCUUGUCUUUUCGUUGUCAUACGGUUGAUUUGACGCUUUAGGUUUUGAAUGUCUUUUUAUUGUCACGACUACGUCAGCAACUUAAUUGUUUUUAUUUGAAAAAGGACAGGUUGGAUGACAAUUUCCUGCUUCACUGGUUGUCAGUAAAACCAGCAUGUAUUUAUUUAUGGUGUGGUGAUGCACACUUUUUGUUUGUUGAUCAUGAAACUUAAGCUAAGUUAGUUUUCGUCGUAUUGUAUUUCAUUUGAGAGGGAGGUGUGGAUUGGUAUGAUUCAGUAUUUCAACCAUCCCUCAUGAGGAUGCUCUAAAUACUCUCGGACAGCUUGAGUCAUCUCGCUUCCGAUCAGCUGAGCUCAAUUAAGUUUUGACAUAAUACAAACAGCUGUUGAAUGUUAUUGUCGAAUCACAUUAUCUACUGUCCAACACAGCAACAUUUUCAGUGUCUCAAUUUCUUCAUACAUAUACCACUACUUCUGUUUUGUUUCCAGUAGCCUGCUGAGCUUAAAGGAAAAGUUUGACAUUUAUAAAUAUGCGUAUAUUCGUUUUCUUGUCAAGAGUCAGAUGAGAAGAUUGACACCACUUGCAUAAGAGAGGUAUCAAUCUACUCAUCUAACUCUCGGCAAGAAAGCGAAUAAACAUAUUUGCCAAUAUGUCAAACUUUUCCUGUAACUUUGGGUCUUAAGCGCUUUGAUGACAUACAUGUGAUUAUGUAAAUGGACCAAUGCUGUGUCACUAUACUGAACCAUGCAUAGUCAAUGAUUAUUCUGCAAUAAUUCUUACAUUUUGAUGUGAACUCAAGUAGUAGUGGCUAGCAUUGAAAUUAUGAAUUUGUGUUUUUUUCUAUUAUUUUGAGUUGUCAUAGCUUGUACUUCAAUGGGAAUGUUUGUCAAAUGAAUAAAAUGAAAUGAUGUUUUUCGGGCUUUUUAGAACAGUUAGCAAAUACCUAAGAGGGCAUUCUUUCCCUACAGCACUGUGCCAGUAAAGGACAUCCUCAAGGGUAUUAUUGCUUUUAUACAACUGUUAUCAGUGCAUGUGUACCAUUGAAAUGUUUGCUUCAAAUUAGUACACAUGUGUAAGCAUUAAAAACAUAGAAAAACCAGGAAUGCUUAUUAGCACAGUUGGUGCGUGCAUUUGACAAAGAUCUUGUUGUGUAAUAUGAAUUUGAUCGCUAUGGCAGUGUGAUUUCAAUAACAUCAAUAUUCAUGUGUUACUCAGUGUUUGAAAACUGUAUUUACAUUUGUGUAUAUGCCUGAGUAUACUACGACUUUGAAACAAACUGCAACUAAUGCAAUAAUAGGGUGCAAUGUGCAAUUAUUUAUUCAGUUAUUAUUAGCGUAGAUAACAGGAGAGCUGUGUAGCUUAUUUAAAAACGCUUUUUUAAUCCACUUUCCAUGUGGCAGCAGGAAAAAAAGAAUGACUAGACAUGUUUUAUUUUGUUUUUCAGCUUUUUUUUGUUUGUGUGUAUUGCAGUUUGGGGGAAAAAAAGAACUUGGUAACUAUUUUCGAUUGAUUUAUUUGCUAUGUGCAGAUCUAUAUUAGUUGUGAGUAAUUACAUAGGUUUUAAUUUCAAAGUGUUGGUAAGUAUAAAAACAAAUAAAGUUUCAUUUUUUCUUUCUGUGA